AUGAAGUUUCUAUAGGUUUCAUCGACCAAUGGAGCAAUGCAAUGGAGUUGACAAAUUCUCGUGCAAAGCAAUUUUAAUGAAAAAAUAGUUGUGUUUUAUUCUUUCGUCAUGUCCAUAGAAAUUUCUAAAUUAUCAGAGGUUGUUAAAAAUUUGAAGGAGUUGCAAUGUUGUGCACGAUGUAUUCUGAGAUACAUCGGAAAACGGGACUCUUCUGCUGCUUUUUAUGCCAAACCAUAUAAUGAAAUUGUAAAUUAUGUUGAAGAUACCUAUAGUGGAUUAUUUAUAAAAAAAGAUGUUGAAAAUUCUUGGGAUUUUAUUUGCAUCUUAUGUCUUGGACUUCUACAACCAUCUACAUCACAUGCACUUAUUACAAAGAUAUGUGAUCUUGUCAAGUCAUCUGAUCAUGAAUUUUUCAAUUUCACCACAGCAAUCACAUAUCCUUUGGUGCUUACUUUUCGCCAUCAUUCAUUGUGGAUGCAUCUGAAAGAAAAUUUCAGUUCAAUUUAUCCAGAACAAGUCUCCCUUCAAGAUACACUUCGACUGAAAGAUUGUAUAAAAUUUGUCUAUGGACCUCAGAUGGAGUUAAACUUGGAUGUUGAGUUCUAUAAGAAAAGUCCGUUCUCGAUAUCUGUUAUACUUGAUCAUUCUGAAGCAAUGAAAGAACUUGACUUUUUAGUGUCAGGGAAAAGAGUGUUGAAAUGCCAUCCGAGAAAAAGAAAAAAAGUGAUAGCAAGUGAACCAUUUGUUACAGCUAUGCAGCUUACUAAGUGCAUUGAGAAUAUUGAAACCUGUCAGCAGUUUAGAGAAAUUGGCAAUUGCCCUCCUCAGGCAAUCCAAAUUCCAUGUAGAAUUGCCAAAGUGGAAUGCACAAAUGCUCCUGUGUACCUUGCAGGUCGCUAUAAUAAGUAUUCUCGGUUCCUAUCUCAGUCGCCAUGGAUUGUAAAUGGGCAAAGAAUGACAGAAAAUUCAGUAGAGGAGUUGAUUGCAGCAGAAAUAGAGAAAGUGUUUUUGUCUGAUGAUUCAAAAUUUUCCUCUGCUGGACGUGAAGAUGUAGAUGUGCGCAUGCUCGGCAAAGGUCGCCCUUUUAUUUUGGAAUUGAUUAACCCUCGUAAAAUCGCUCAAAAUCUCGAGCAAAUAAAGAAAUUACAGAUGAAAGUUAAUUCCUCUACAGAUGAUAUCAAAAUCAGAGAUCUUCAAAAGAUAUCCAGGGAAGAAUGUGGGAAAUUGAAGGAGGCGGAAAAAAGUAAAACAAAAACAUAUAGGGCUUUAGUGUACGUGUCUGAGGGUGUUACAGAAGAAGAACUGUUUUCGUUGAAUGAUAACAAGGACAUUAUGCUCAACCAAAAGACUCCAUUAAGAGUAUUACACAGGCGACCUUUAGCUGACCGUCAGCGGAAAAUUUUGACCAUGUCGACUGAAUAUAUUGACAAGAACCAUUUUUAUCUUUAUCUUUGUACAGAAGCAGGAACAUAUAUAAAAGAAUUUGUUCACGGUGAUUUUGGUAGAACCCAACCGAAUUUAUCGACAAUUAUGAAUAAAGAAACUGACAUAUUAGAGCUUGAUGUCAUGGUAAGAUGUAUUUCUACAUCGUGCAGUCAAUAAUAUAACUCUUUAUUUCUAAAAAGUUUCCUGAAGAAAAUUUCUUGGUUUUAAUUAAAAAAUACAGCUAAACAA